AUGUGGCCACGUGGCAUCGGUGACGUCAUCCUCAUCCUAGACGGCGACGAGCGAUUGGCCGAGGACCUCAUUCCCACGUGGAUCAAAGUCUACUACGAAGAUAACAGGUUGGAGCUUCCAGGAAAGAUCCUGCAGCAGUGGUGCUACCUCUGGGCUGACAACUACACGACAGCACCUUACGUGGCCCUAAUCGAUGAUGACGUCAUCUUUAACUUGAAAGUAACGCCCGGGGUGCUGUUCAACCUGUCGGAUGGCAAGCCGUACGUGAUUGGCUCGCAGCAACAGCUGGGCUUAUGGUUACCCUCCACCAGGUUUUUCGUUGGAAAAGGCAAGUACUUCGCCAAUUUUAUGGUCCAACUGCCAUUUGUGAUGCCGACCAGUGUGCUGCCCAAAUUCAGGAGCCACGUGGCGAAUCUGCACAAGGAUAAGGGCGGCAGCUUUGAUUCUGCUUUCAAGUGGUUCUCCGAGCAUGGACACUGGUUUAAGCGGACCCAAAUCGCCCACACGACCAUUGGGAACUACAUGUGGGCGUAUGCGCAUGAUGAGGUGCACUGGGCCUUGGAAUGGACCAAUCACACGCCGAUUCCUCGCGUCGGCGUGCAUGUACCCUACACGAGGCUCUUCCGUGUCGCCACGAAGCACGACCGCGACGCGCCACGUGUCAUCAAGGAGUACGUGCAGGAGGCGGCUUAUCACGUGCACGAGGGUGUGUGCCAUGCUCUGCCUGCUGAAGAGCUCCCUGGGUGUGAUGAUGUGAACCCUUUCCCCCAGAUGCAGAUAUGGCAGUAUGCCUUUGAUUGGUACGACUUGCCUGCUAUAAGAAACAUGGAGGCAAAUGCUACUAUUGUGUAUGAUCAGUACCGGAAUGAGCUGGCGUGCAUGUACUGGAAGGUAGCUCAGGCAGGUGGGGGAGAGGAGGCACGUGUGUUGAGGACAACUGUGCAGCUGAGAGGGGCUGAUCCUGCAGGAAGGAGAAAGGAGCUCUUGACAUCCCUUCAGGAGUGUAUCUCCCCAAGGGCAUAA